AUGAAAUUGUCAUCAUCAAUCUUUCGCCGGCUGCAAUCGUCUCACCGCCCUUGGUCGACCGAAGUUGAAGCAGAGGGCAAGAAGCAAGCCCGCGUUUGUGCCCACAACAAUCUCCUAAUUUGCCUUCCCGAUGAUGUGCUCUUCAAGAUCCUGUUGAGCCUUUCUGCUGAAGACAUUCACAGGGCAAGUCUCGUCUCCCGGAGGCUCUACUAUGAAACCACUCGCUCCGAGGAAUUUGUAAACCUUCAUCUUCAGCAGCAAACUGACGAAUACGGCCUCUUCUUCCGAUAUGCAGCAACAUAUAACUAUCAACAUCCCUCCCAGCGCGCGGUUUUCGUGUCUAUGAAACAGGGCCGUGUCACGGUAUCCAACUACUAUGCUUACAAAUUCAGAUAUAUGUUAGAGACUAGCUGCAACGGCCUCAUCCUCGAGUACGAACCCUUGCUCCAACUCCACGUGGUCAACCCUGUCACGGGACGACCCUUCCAACUCCCUCCGCUCCCCAAAAAUGCAGAGUGUAUAAGUUGUUGCGUGGGGUACGCGGAUGCCUCCUCAAAGGCGUACAAGGUGGUCUUGGCAUACCGUACAGAUCGGGAAAGUGACGUGUGCCAGGCCAUAUUGACCUUGGGUGUGGACAAGUCAUGGAGGCAUCUGGAAACCGAUCAAUAUUUGACGGAGUCUACACUCAGCCGCUUGAUGGUGACGGAGGGUUUUAUUCAUUUGAUUUUUGGGGACACUGUCCUGACGCUGAAUGUGGAGACGGAGGUUAUGAUGGAGACGCGGGCCCCAAUAUUCUCCAAGAAUCCUUCCAAGUUCACGAGCUGGUGGUACCUGUCAACUGGGAAGUCCCUCACUCUAGUGGUCGAAGUUGAGCAUCAAGUGUUUCAAGUUUGGGAGAUGGUGCGUGGGGAUUAUAAUUGUUAUUGGAGGGAAUGGGAACGUCAGAUUGAGUUGAGAAGUGAAAUUCAAUAUUUGCGUAGUAUUGAACCGGUCGGUUGGUUGCAGCAAAUGGAGGUGUUGGUGCUUAAAGUUUCGUCUAGAAACAAGUUUUGCCUUAUUUACUAUGUGGUUAUUGCUACCGGGAAAAUCGGAUGGAUCGACCCUACAUCAAGUAACAAGGAAUGGUUGGCUGGGGAACUUUAUAUGAUUCUUGAUGAAGUUUUUCCUCACAAAAACACCUUUGUCAACCCAUUUACUAUCUGA